UCUUCUUCCCCAUCUCUCAUCAAAGGAAGAAAAGAAAACCCUCUUCUAUCUCAUUCACAUUUCCCUAGCUUCUUCCUCUCCUUCUUCUUCAGAGAAAAGGAAGAGAUGGAGAAAAAGGGAUGCGGCUCGGUGGAAGCAGAAGUGAGGAAAGGGCCAUGGACAAUGGAGGAGGACUUAAUACUCAUCAACUACAUAGCCAACCAUGGCGAAGGUGUCUGGAACUCCCUUGCUAAAGCCGCUGUUUUGUUGCUGUAUGUAUAUGUAGGGCUUAAGAGGACGGGGAAGAGUUGCAGGCUGAGGUGGCUCAACUACUUGCGCCCGGACGUCAGGCGAGGGAAUAUCACCUCUGAAGAACAGCUCCUGAUCAUGGAGCUUCAUUCCAAGUGGGGGAAUAGGUGGUCGAAGAUAGCGAAGCAUCUGCCUGGAAGGACCGACAACGAGAUCAAGAACUACUGGCGCACGAGGAUCCAGAAGCACCUCAAGCAGGCCGAUCAGCGGUUUCCGGCGGGUCAGCAGCAGCCGGGAAUCGGGUCGGACCACCACCAUUGCAUGAACAUGGGCAGCUCGAGCCAAGUCUCUGCUGACACCAUGGAGAUGGAUUACUCGCCUCCUGCUUACCACCACCACCCUCUUGAGGCCUUCCCUGCCGGAGUGGGUGCCACCAUGACCAUGGCCGUCGGCGGGUCGAGCAGUUCGACGGCGAACAUGCCGCCACCGCCGCCGCCUGAGUCGGCUGAAGGAGGGUACUGGAGCAUGGAGGAGCUUUGGUCCAUGCAGCUGCUCAAUGGAGAAUGAUAAAUAAUAUAAUGAUUAAAGAAAAGUUGAUGAGCCUUUCAGGUGAAACGAUGCCGUUUUGGGGGCGGGGGUCUUUGCAUUAAUGUCUAGUGUUUGUCUAUAGGGUUUGAAGCUCCUAGUGUUUUUUUUUGUUUGCUCUCUCUCGUAUAAGUAUAAAAAUAUGGGUAGAUUGUGUAAUAUAUAUAUACAUUAUGCAUGAAUAUGGGUCGGGUUUGUAAGAUAUAAUGUAUUUUAUGUGAUGCGAUUUAUGUAGACGUACAUCUAGUAUUUGGUGUGUAAAUAAUGGGGAAAUGAGAUUUGAAGAGGUGACUUGAUAUAUAUAAAUAUAUAGAUAAGCUUUCUUUUUCAGUACAUAUA